AUGGCCACCGCAGCUGCGUCCGGUCAGAUUCCAUCGAUGGGUCAAGGUGUUGGCAUGCAACAAGCUGGUGGCAUGGGUAGCUCUCAGCGAAGAAUGAGCCAACAUCUCAGCAGUCCCCACGGCCAAGUCUCACAGCCAGCGAUGAAUCAUAACAUGCCUCGUCAGACUGUCCCUCCGAGCAUGCCACCUCCUCAGCCACAACAAGAGGAGAUGGUCAGUGGUGGCGGCGCCGAAGAAUCCCCACUCUAUGUCAACGCAAAGCAAUUCCAUCGCAUACUGAAGAGACGUGUAGCGCGCCAAAAGCUUGAAGAACAGCUCAGGUUGACGUCUAAGGGUCGCAAGCCAUACCUACACGAAUCCCGUCAUAACCAUGCGAUGCGCAGGCCACGCGGCCCAGGCGGUCGCUUUUUGACAGCAGACGAGGUGGCUGCCAUGGAUCGAGGAGAAGACCCGCUGGGACUGCUGAACAACACCACUCCAGCUAGCAAGAAGACAGACAGUGCCGGCUCCGGUACCAAACGAAAAGCAGAAGGUAACGAAAACGAGACGCCUGCUAAGAAGAGCAAGCCUACUGGGUCAGAAGAGGACGAAGAUGACGAGGCGGAGGACGACUAA